GCCAAACAUAAGGAAGGAGUAGUACGGACUGAAGAAUACAAUUGCAGCAAUGGAAAGAGCUGGAGAACUUGUGCAAAGUGUUAUGUCAGGGCAGUUUGAGUUAAGAAAACAGCAGAAUAUCCAGGAAGUUCCCUAUUCAAAUGAAGACAAUCAGAAUUUUGCUUGUUCAGGAGGACAGCCAUGUAUCAGAAAGACCAAAAUCCAGGAAUGUCCCUUACACCGUGACUCUAAUUCAUCCUACACUAGUUCUGCAGGACAACAGAAUCAAAGACAACAAUCCAAAUUACAGGAAAUUCCCCUUCAUGAUGGAGACAGACAGAACUCUGGUUCUUCAAGAGAGAACUCUGGUUCUUCAGGACAGAACUCUGGUUCUUCAGGACAGAACUCUGGUUCUUCAAGAGAGAACUCUGGUUCUUCAGGACAGAACUCUGGUUCUAAAGGACAGCAGAACAGGAGACCGCAACACAAAUUUCAGGAAGUUCCCCCGGCAUCUGAUCAGCAGCAACACUCUAGCUCGAACCCUUACGCUGCCUUGGUAGACUGCCUGAGAGCUACCUGGCUAACAGGGAAGACACGCCCAAUGGAAUAUCGGAAGACCCAGCUGGAGGCUCUGAGCCACUUUCUGGAGGAGAAUGAAACAGAUAUCUUGCAUGCCUUGAAUGUAGACAUGCACAGGCCUCAUUUUGAAGGAUACGUUACUGCUAUUUCCACAGUUAAGAAUGAAGUGAAUUAUGCACUCAACAACCUGUGCUCUUGGAUGAAGGAUGAAUGUGUGGAAAAGAGCCUGGCCACCAAGCUUGAUUGUGCCUUUGUCCGCAAGGAUCCCUAUGGUGUGGUGCUCAUCAUUUCACCCUUCAAUUACCCCUUUCACCUUACCUUGAUCCCUCUGGUGGGGGCCAUUGCAGCUGGGAACUGUGUGAUAAUCAAACCUUCAGAGCUAAGCAGAUGCAGUGAAAAGCUCAUGGCUGAAGUGCUGCCUUCCUACCUUGACCCAGAUACCUUUGCCGUGGUGACAGGUGGCUCUGAACCAACCACCAGAUUACUGGAAAACAAGUUUGAUUACAUCUUGUUUACAGGGAGCCCCCCUGUUGGAAAGAUUGUCAUGACUGCAGCAGCCAAACACCUGACACCAGUGACUCUGGAGCUGGGAGGCCAAAAUCCUUGCUAUGUUGAUUGCUGCUGCAAUUUCCAGAAUGCAGCCAACCGAAUAGUAUGGGCAAAGUUCUUCAAUUGUGGCCAGACUUGCCUUGCUCCUGACUAUGUGAUCUGCACCAUUGAAACGCAAGAGAGGCUAAUGCCCUGCCUGCGUCAAGCUAUCCGUGAGUUUUAUGGCUGCAACCCUCAAGACUCACCUGACUAUGGCCGCAUGAUCAACGAUAAGCAUUUCCAACGUGUCAGUGCACAUCUGGAGUCUGGCCGAAUAACCAUUGGAGGAGAAACGGAUGAACAUGACCGUUACAUUGCUCCUACAGUGAUAGCUGAUGUGAAGGAAUGGGAGCCAAUCAUGCAACAGGAAGUCUUUGGGCCUAUCUUGCCCAUUUUCACUGUGAGAGACUUGGAGGAAGCCAUACAAUAUAUCAAUAGCAAGGAACGGCCACUGGCUGUCUAUGCCUUCUCUUGUGACAACAAGGUUGUGAAUCGGGUAUUGGAUUGCACCAGCAGUGGUGGCUUCUGUGGCAAUGACUGCUUGAUGCACGUAACACUGGUUUCUCUACCAUUUGGUGGAAUUGGACACAGUGGCUUUGGCCAUUACCAUGGCAAGUAUAGCUUUGAUACUUUCACUCACGAGCGUGGCUGCCUUUCUCGCUGCAUGGGGUUAGAAGCAAUCAAUACCAUACGUUACCCUCCCUACAACCAACGCAAGCUGGAUCUGCUGGUCUCCACUACAGAAGUGAAGCGCAGGGGCUUUUGCACGCUGCUGUGAACUCACUGAACAGCAGAGGCCUUAUGUCCCCAGAGGCUGCUGCAAGGAGCUGAGCUGUUGGAAAGGAGGGUUCCUGUCUGCUGUCUCUAGAAUGUGGUUCUAUCUUCUAAAAAGGCCUCUGCCGAGGCUCUGUCUUGUGAAGAAAUUUUACCAUUUGUCAUGGCUCCUGAUCAAACACCUUACCUCUCACUUUGCACCCAUUUUAGUCCCAAGUGUGUAGGUCCAAUGCACAGAGGUUCAAUACGUUGGAUGGGAGAGGACAAUUUGUGUUGCCCCUGCUUUUCUUUGCUAGUUGCUGGGAAGGGGAAGAAAUGGCAAGGGACAAGUAAGUCUGUCCUGAUGUGUUUGUACAAUGCACCUUCCAUUCCGCUGAAUUUUCUCCAUGUAGGACCAACAAGUAGCAUUAUGGGCAAAAUGUUGAUUUAACAUAGUAGUUGAAUUUCCCUUUGAAUGAUUAUAUAUUAAAAAAUACUUAUUGGUCUAGUUCCUUUUCAAGAGGACAGUUCCACCUGUACAGAGAAAUAGUCACAUAUACAUAGAUGUAACCAUUUUGGUACAGAAAAAGCAGACGAUGAGUACUGACAAGUCUCUACAGAAUGGUAAGAGAAUGUAUGGGAAAUGAAUGUGUAAAGGCUAACAAUGCAAAUAGUCCUGUUUGUAUAUUUUCCAUUCAGCUAUGCUUCCUUUCACAGACAUAACUUUUCUGGUAGGCCACAAUUCUUCCACUAGCACUUUCUGCACAGUAAUCAUAACCUGAACACAGAUUUCUCCUCUCUUCAAUAACUGCAGUUUGCACCUAAAGAUGGUAACUCAGAAAUAAUACCUACUACUUUCUUCCUAGUAACUAUACUUAGGCUUUCAGCCAUUCUGACAUUUAUUGCCCAGUUCUGUUUCUAUAGUUUGCAAGUGUUUUACUCCUGUAAUAAAGCUCUCACAUCAAACCUUCA